AACGCCAGCCAUAACGCGCUGUUCCGACAGAUCCACAAUCUGCCAAGUGAUGCAUUUGUGAAUUAAUUACUACUUAAGAAUCAGGAUGGCCUCCUUUGGCUGGAAGCGUAAGGUGGGGGAGAGAGUUUCCAAGACGACGGUGGAGCAGUUUCAGCUGGACUCAGAGAAGGUGGAUGAUGUGGAGAAGGAGGGAGUUGAUUGGUUGCACGUUAUCAAACGGCGGCGAGAGGUGCUGCUGGAGGAUUGUGCUGCUAAGAGCAAGAGACUAAAGGAUGAAGGAUCGCUGCUCGCCGAGCAGGGCAGAAACUGGGAGGCAUUGAAGAAGUGGGACGACGCACUUCAGCUUACACCAGAUGAUGCUGUUCUGUAUGAGAUGAAGUCACAGGUGUUGAUCACCCUUCAAGAGGUGUUCCAAGCUGUGCAGUCUGCAGAGAUGGCCACCAAACUGCGUCCCCUGUGGUGGGAGGCGUGGCAAACUCUGGGCCGUGCCCAAAUAAGUCUUGGCGAAGUGGAGCUAGCUGUACGGUCCUUCCAAGUGGCAUUGCACCUGCAUCCGUCUGAGCGCCUCCUCUGGGAGGAAGACCUAGCCUGGGCCUUACAGCUCCGGGAGAAGCAACAAGCUCUCCGUGAAAAGGCGACACAGGAAGAAGAAGCCCGAAGGCUCCUUGUGGAAGCUCCAGAGCUAAAGAGCGAUUAUGAUUUUGAAAGCAAUGAAGUGAUUGAGGCUUGCACAGCCAUGGCUGAUAGACUUAAAAAAUAUGAGGACUUAAAGAAAACGGCAGUUGUUGUGAACACAUGUGGGGUGACCAAAGAGGUGGUUGUCGAGGAUGACAACAAACCCACUUCAUCCUCACAAAGUGAUUUAGUCAAGGCACGAGGACUCUGAGGGAAACGGAGGCUGCUUUUGUGUCUCCUCAUCUGUGUAUUUUGUUUAGAUUAUGUUUGUACUGUUGAUUUGAUAAUCCAGGGUUCUGGUUGGCUUCCUCAUAGUGUUCAGCACAGUUGUUCAGUGAACUUGUAAAGUGAGCGCAAGAUUUCCAGAAGAAUCUGAAAUGCUUCUGGAUAAUUUUCUCUCAAAAAAAGAGCAUAAAUUUCCUUCCUUUUACUGAA